AUGUCUUUUAAUGAACAUAUGCAUAUCCGAAAUCGUUAUCGAACAAACCCACCUGAUUUUAAACAACUUGCCGAAAAACAUACUGAAUUAAAACCUUUUCUAAUUGAAAAAACGAAUGGUGGUGUUACACUUGAUUUUCGUGAUGCCAAAGCUGUUCGUACUUUAACAACAGUAACAGCUAAAGAAGAUUUUAAUUUAAAUUUAGAACUUAGUUUAGAUCGUUUAAUACCGAGAAUUCCACAAAAAUUGAAUUAUAUUCAUUGGAUCGAAGAUUUAAUCGAAUGUAAAACGGAAGCCAUCGGAAUCGAUAUUGGUUGUGGUUGUUCAUGUAUUCAUGCUCUAUUAGCAGCUCGUAUGAAUCCUCAAUGGAAAAUGCUUGUUUCUGAAAUAGAUCCAUUUAAUUAUAAUAUGGCUGUAAAAAAUGUUGAACAAAAUGAAUUACAAGAUCAAAUUCAUGUUAUCUCAAUGAAUUCAUCAGCAUUAUUUGACGGUUUAAUUGAUCGAACGAAACAUUAUGAUUUUCUUAUGUGUAAUCCACCAUUUUUUUGUGACACAUCCGAGUCUCAGGGCUUAACAAACAGUCGAAAUGCCGAGCGUCCAUCAGCUAAUUCAAUUAAUACAGCUGCAGAUAUUGAAUCAAUAUAUGAUCAAGGUGGUGAAGUUGAAUUUGUCAAGCGUAUGAUUGAUGAAAGUCGACUAUAUACAAGUAAUGUCAGAAUAUUUACAAGUCAAUUGGGUAAAAAGUCAAGUUUAAAACAAGUUCAAAAGUAUUUAAAAGAUAUUCAUCAUACUGACACAGAAUUUUGUCAAGGAAAUACUAUGCGUUGGGCUGUUGCAUGGACAUUCGAUGAAACCUAUCGUUUCUCUGAACAAUGUCAAUCUCGAGAAAAAAUGAACAAAAAGAAACAAAAUAGAACACCGAUCAGUGUUCAAUUUGAAUCAAAAUAUUCAUUUAAUUUUAUUAAAGAUUAUCUAGAGAAGAAUAUAUUUAACGAGCUGAAUUUAAAAUGGACCAGUCUCAGUUCUUUUGCUUGGAUAUUUGAUGCUUAUGAAAACUUAUGGUCUCAUCAACGUCAACGUCGACGUCAUCAAAAUGAUGAACAGCCUCCAUCAAAGCGUCUUAAAUCUAAUCCUAGCCAAGAGGAAAAGUUAUGCUGCAUUCAAGCACGUCUAGAUGAACAUGAAGGUGUUUGUACUCUAUACCUGUUAUUCGUCGAUGGAACAAAUGGAGAUGCAGCAAAUCAAAUAGGUCAAUACAUUAAAAAUCAAUUUCCGAAAUAUUGCCAAUCUCAUACGAAUACAUUAACAAUUGAAUGA